UCAUUAAGAGAAGUAAGAAGUUCCUGGUUUGAAGUGAAGACGAACUGAAGCAGCAUUAAACCAUCAGAGCUCUGAGAUGAAACACACUUUGCUCUGCUUCAUCUUCCUCACAGCACUUCAGGAUGGAAACACUGGUUUGGUCAAAGCACAAACUCUCACCCACAGAGCAGAGGAAGGAGGAAGCAUCACAGUUAAAUGCAGGUUUUAUUUGUCUGGAAGCAGGAAACUCUUCUGUAAGGAAAAAUGUGAAAAUGGAAACAUUCUUGUUGAAACAUCUGAUGAUGCAGCUCAGAACGGCAGAUACAGCAUUAAAUAUGUAAAAACAUAUAUUACCUAUUAUCCUACUCUGUAUGUGAGCAUCACACAGCUGAAACAGUCUGACUCAGGACGGUACAGGUGCUCUUUGGAAAGAGUCUUGUUGACAGAUGGAAACUCUGAUUUUGAGCUGAUUGUCACAGAAGCUUCAACCACUUCAACACCAAACGGGACUCUGAGACCUUUUUCAGCUUCAGUGUUUCUCUCAUCAGCCUCCACACCACCAACAGCACAGAGUUUAAGCUCAACUUCAGGAAGCUCCACACCUUCAUCAGCCUCCUCUGGAAGUUCAGAUGUGCUGAUUUAUGUGCGUCUUAUUGUGGUCAUUAUCAUCAGCGCCUUUUUAGCAACUUCGUUGAUUUUCUACAUGAUGAAGAGGACAGCUAAACCCAGAGGUGAGGCUACAGGAAACGCACACGAUGGUGUUUUUAACUCUUUAGUUGCCCUGGGUGUCCUGCUGUCUCUUCUGCCUCAGGUGCCACAUUUUUUUGUACAGCUGACUCCCAUCAGCAAUUACAAGGCAGAGAAAGUUCACUGACUUAUGCCUCGGUUUUGGUUUGCUUCUUUAAAUGGUGAGAGUGGCUUAACAGUGUCUUUUAGUUCAGUUACUAACAGAAGCAUUAAUAAAACUCUUUAGUUUAACCAUUUUGCCUCCCUGUCUCCUUUUUUCGACCCAGACACUUUUUAUCACUUUCCCUCAUCCCCUGGACCUUUUUAGGGAAAUAUAACAAAGAGUCGUCCCAUGAAACCCUUUAAAAACUUAAACACAGUAAAAUUUAGAACUACAUGUCAUAGGGAACUGGUUUCUGUCCAGAAAAUAUUAAUGUCCUGACGACAUAAGUAACACAAGGAAAAUGACAAUUAAAAGCCUGAAAUGAGCUUCCAACUGUGGCUCAAAUAUUCUCAAAUUCAGUCUGUCAGAACUUCUAAAAUGAUGCAGUUUGUUUACUGGGAAAAUAAAAAAUUUCGUCACAUUAUGAACACAAAAUUCAAAUAGAACACAUAAAUUACACCAAAUGUUUAAACUGAGAACAUGUACCAUUUUCAGAAAACUAUUAGCUCAUUCUGCACCAUGUAGCGUCCCCUCAUCUUUUAACAACAGUCUGGAAACAUCUGGAGACCGAGGGGACUGAGGAGACUAGCUGUUAGGAAUGUCGUCCUGUUCUUGUCUGUUAGAGGUUUCGAGCUGCUCAGCAGUCCUGACUCUUCUCUGUCAUGUUUUUGGUUUAAUGAUGCUCCAAAUAUUUUGAGCUAGUCAAAGGUCUGGACUGCAGGCCGUGAAGCCAGGCUGGUGUAGUAGAUACAGAAUGCAGUUUAAUAUGGUGUUGAUGAAAUAUACCUAUAAGACCUUCCCUUAAAAGACGUCUGGAUGGGAGUACACCUUCCAGCAUUGAUGGCGCCUUUUUUCAGGUGUUUAAGCUUCCAAUUCCACAGAUACUGAUGCACCCCCGUACCAUCAGAGAUGAAGGCUUUUGACCUGAGCACUGAUAAUAAACGGAACAGUCUUUCUCUUUAGUCCAGCAGAUGCAACAUCCAAGAGAAUUUCAGCUUUUAAUUGAUGUCACUACAGAACACUUUUCCACUUUGCUUCAGUCAAUGAAAAUUGAUCUUUAGCUGAGAGAAGACUCCUUUACUUCUUUGAAACUUCACCUCUUUAAGAUGCUCUUUUUAUACCGAGUUACUGACCUGUUACGAAAGAGUUAUUCUUCCAGCUGUUUGGGUUUAGCAAUGCUUAUUGUUCCAGCCUCCUGUUGCCCCCAUGCAAACUUUUGUGAGGCAUUUUUUCUGACAUCAAAUUCAAAAUGAGCUACUGUGUUUCAUGACAU